AGUGAGUGGUGGAGUGUAGCAUGGUGCUCGUGUUCUUACUUUGACACAAGUGUGAUAUUAUAGUGUUCUCUACAACGCGACCCCGAGGUUUAUCGCGCCCCCCUACGGUUUACUACAGGAGGAGGAUGACGGAGUACGGGCGGGUGGUGAAGGCGUGCAGCGAGCGGCGGGAACUGUGGCAGGACCCAGACUUCCCGGCCUCUCAGACCUCUGUCUUCUACCACCAGACGCCGCCCUUCACCUUCCACUGGCGCCGACCCAAGGAGCUGGUAUCGAACCCUGUGUUCAUCAGGGAGGAGGCGUCCCAGUUCGACAUGGUCAACGGCAAGCUGGGUGAUCGGUGGUUCGUGUCGUGUCUGGGUUGUCUCCACCUGACGAAGGGCCUCUUCUACCGGGUCGUCCCCGCGGACCAGGACUUUGAGACAGAGUCUGGCUACUGCGGUGUUUUCAGAUUCCGCGUGUGGUGGUGCGGAGAGUGGAGGGAGGUACUGGUUGAUGACCGCCUGCCCACUGUCAACGGUAAACUGGUGUUUGUCCACUCCCAGUCCGUCACCCAGUUCUGGCCAGCUCUUCUCGAGAAGGCUUAUGCAAAACUCCAUGGGUCAUACGAAGCACUGAAGUAUGGGACAUCUCUGGAUGGCCUCUCAGAUUUCACUGGUGGGAUUGCCGAGUCAGUGAGCCUGCGGUCAGACCCAACCACGUGUGGACGACUCUUGGCCAAACUACUUGACCUGACCUCCAUUGUCACUGCCGUUGUCACUGCCCCUACACAUUCCAAGGUGCACUCAGAGAAGCUUGCCAGUGGCAUUGUCAUGGGUAUCAACUACAGAGUCUACUGUAUUGAGAAGGUGGAGCGCUACAGUGGGGAGCAAGUGACCUUAGUGAAAUUACGAACGCCACUUGGAACAAGCGCAGAAUACCUCGGGGCGUGGGGUAGGGCUGCACCGGAGUGGGAUGAAGUGCCACCCCAUGAAAAAGAGAGACUCAACCUCAAAUAUAUGCCUGAUGGAGAGUUUUGGAUGGCGUAUAGUGACUUUGUACGGACAUUUUCUCAACUUGAGGUCAUCCAUUUAGACGGAGAAACAUCAAGAGAUGAGCCAUCUCUCAGACACAAAAAUCCUUGGACGUCACGGGUGUAUCAAGGAGCCUGGCAGAAAGGUGUUACCGCUGGUGGCUGUAGGAACAACCCGGAUACCUUCCACAUCAACCCUCAGCUCCACCUGAUCCUGAGUGACAUGGAGGAGGUGGUUAUCUCCCUUAACCAACAUUCUGUCAUGGAACCCAAGGUGAUUGGUUUCACAGCCUAUCCUCUCUCCAAAAGUGGUCUUGACUCGAUUAGUAAAGCUUUCUUCAAAAAGAAUAAAUCACUCGUCAACUCACAGUACACUAACAGUAGACAAGUUAGUGAAAGAGUACAGUUGGAGCAGGGAGGAUACAUCUUGCUACCCACUACCUUUGAGCCAGGUCAGGAGUCAUCCUUCACGCUCAGAGUCUUUUCCUCAAAACCGCUUAAACUAAAAAUGGUGGACACAUCACCGUCAUUGGUGAAGCCUGCUCUUCUCAAGGCUCGUGGGUCGGUGGAUGGCAAGAGCCUCCAGCAGUACGAGGCUGUCUUCCUUCAGGUAGCUGAUGAACAUCGUACUGUCAAUGCAUUUGAGCUGCACGAGCUCCUUGAAGCUUGUCUACCUAAUGAUUAUAUCAAAAGCUGUGCCAGCCUGGACAUCUGCCGACAAGUGAUCCUGGCGUUGGAUUGCUCAUCCACGGGUCGCCUACGCUUCUCAGAUUUUAAGGACCUGAUGGUCAGUCUAAAGUUCUGGCAGAAUGCUUUCAAGACUCAUACAAAGGAAAGAACUGGCAUCCUGAAGGCAGAGAGGCUGAGAGACGCACUGGAAGAUGUUGGAUUCCAAUUGAGCACGGAGGUGGUGUCAAUACUCGUGCUGCGCUACAUGAGAAAGGAUGGGACACUACGGUUUGGUGACUUUGUCAGUGCUAUCCUCCAUCUCUCUGUUGCCUUUAAUCUUUUUGAGAAGCGUGACCCACUUCAGAAUGGUACUGUGAAGUUCUCUAUGAGUGAGUGGCUGAAGAGUGCCUUGAUGUGCUGAUCACUAGACAAGACGUGCAGAAUCCACCCUAUUGGUUAACUUGCCAAUUUUAGCUGCUACUUGUUUGUUCAGUACAUGCACAUGGAUGCAAAUUAGCAUUGCAGCAGGCAAUAUUAAUAUCUACAGGCCAUCUGAAUUAUAUUUCAAAUAUGGGAUCCUGUAGCACAGUGGUCUAUGUCCACAGCUCACAAUCCACUGACUCAGAUUCAACCCGCAGUCAGACCAAAAAUAACUGGCCACUUUUACUUUCAUGUAAUGGAUCUGUUCACCUAGCAGAGUGGGUGAAUAUUUACAAAAUAGUUACACAGGAGUUAGACAACUGUUGUGAGUUGCAUCUAGUGUAAGAUCAGUAGUGUUGGGAGUCAAUAAACCUAAUGUGCUUCCUGUCUCGACAACUGAAAUUAAAUGUUGUCAAGAACUGCUUCAUUCAAAGUCAUAUUGAACACCAAAAUUUUGGUUUUAAGAAGCUUUAAUGUCAUACUUGUAAAUAUAUGCACUUGAUUAAUUUUAUGUACGCUAUUAGUAAAAAUGAAAAAAAUUGAUACAGCUCAAAAGAAAAUUCAAGAUAUGGGAGUUGUGGAAUGAUUUGCAGUACAUAAGCAAGUUUUUUAAAAUGGAAGUUUUCACUACUGUUAUCACCUUAUAUGUUACAUAAUCCGCAUUACUACUCCAUUACACGACCAAUAGCGGAACAAAUUGCUUUGUUUAUGGUGUGAUUGUAGGCUUCUCUGUUCAUACUAGUGUUUGGUAAAUGUUAUAGCAGCCACAACUCCUACAUAACCUGAGUGAUGUUUUGGAUAAAUAUAGUACAGUACUGUACAGUAGUGUACACUACUGUACAGUACUGUACAGUACUGUACA